CGGACACAAGCAAUUCCCAGUGUGUUAACUGUCCUCUAGGGACAUAUCAAAAUCAGGCAAACCAACCAAACUGUAUCCUAUGUACAGGCCAAACCAGCACUCGGCAGAAUGGCUCAACAAGCAGCACACAAUGUGAAGCUUUUUGCAAUGGUGGUCAAGAAAAGCUGCGCGGAUGGUUCAUGUCGGACAUGUCCUUUGGGCUACUACAAGGACAAUAGUGUCUAUAAGUUCACGUCUUGUCAAAUGUGUCCAGCUAACUUUGUCACAUCAGCACCAGGUGCUGACUCGAUGUCAAAGUGUAAUGUAUACCAGUGCCAAGCUGGCUUCAAGAUUAUAAGCAGUGGAUGUGAAGCAUGCCCUCUGGGCUACUUUCAACCAGAACCAUAUAAGAGUUCCUGUAGGAAAUGCCCUGACAAUACCUCCACUCGACAGAAUGCUACAGUAAAUGCCACACAAUGUGAAGCAUAUUGUCAGUCUGGUUCCGAGAAGGAUGCAACCACAGGCCUAUGUACACCAUGCAAGAGGGGUUUCUAUAAGGCAAACAGUGAUGGUGUGUUCAACCAGUGUGUUAUGUGUGCAUCUAACUUCAUCACUGCAUCAAAUGGAUCUACAUCUGCUGCUGCCUGUUCAGUUGCUAACUGCACUGCUGGCCAGAAGACAACAAGCACAGGGUGUGUGGACUGUCCCAAAGGAUCAUACCAGCCAAACAAGUGGCAGCCAGACUGCAUCUCAUGUACAACAGACAAGACCACAACCAGCACUGGGUCCAAAUCAGGGACUGACUGUAUCUUGAGUUGUCCUCCAGGCAAGGAAGACAUUGCCGGGGUGUGUGUAGAGUGCAAGCAGGGAUUCUACAAGAGUGAACAGAAGGCUUCUCAGUGUACUGCAUGUCCAGCAAACACAACUACAGCAGGCAAUGGGUCCACUGUCUCAACAGCCUGUAACCUAAUUGGUUGUCCAGUUGGGCAUUACCAGGACUCAUCCACAUCCUGCAAACCAUGUGGAUAUGGCUUUUACCAACCAGAGAAGUGGCAGUCACUCUGCAGAAAGUGUGACACUGGGAGCACAACAUAUCGUAUUGGAGCAACGUCUGUAACAGACUGUGUUUUGGAAUGUCCAACGGGAACUCAGUUUAACGCUGGCACAGGUAGAUGUGAUCCUUGUCCGCAGGGCUACUUUCAGGACAAGCUCAAUCCCACAGUGUUUGAGUGUAUCAAGUGUGGUGACCCUUCUGUCAUCACUGCUGGCCCUGGUGCCACAUCGGCUGCAAACUGUACUGUCAGAAACUGCACAACCCUUGGACAGUUCCGAAACAGCACUACCAACCUCUGUCAAGACUGCCGUAUUGGAACCUACCAGGACACUAAAUGGCAGGAUUCUUGCAAACCGUGCCUAACAGGUUACACCACACGCAACACAAAAACUCCGAGUUCAGCUGGCUGUCUUCGUGACUGUGACGCAGGCAAGACUCAGGUUGGAGAUGGUUGUACAGACUGCCCUGUAGACACCUACAGAAGCAAGACUACCUGGACUUGUCAGGCCUGUCCCACAGGCCUCAAGACAGUGAAAGUCGGGGGCUGCGUCAGUCAGUGAAUGUAAUGUGUCUGCAUGCUUACCAGGAACAUACUUUAACAGAAAUGACAGUAGAUGUGCGGACUGCCCUAUCAAUACCUAUCAAGACUCAACA